AUGCUUUUGAGCGCAAGUCUCCUCCCACGGUUGAGGCUGUUCCAGAAAUCCUCCGAGCCAAGACCCUUGUUCUGGGGGAGCUUGAUCCAGAUGGGUGGUAGUGAGGAACCUUCCAAAGAGCCAUCAAAUCCCACCCUGGCUGAUCGUGAGGAACCUUCCAAAGAGCCAUCAAGUCCCAUUAGUGGCGAUGGUCAGGAACCUUCCAAAGAGCUACCAAGUCCAGCCAGGGGUGAUGGUGAGGAACCUUCCAAAGGCACACCAAGUCGCACCAGACAAAAUGGUGAGGAACCUUCCAAAAACCAAUCACGCUCCUCCAAGAGUGAUGGUGCGGAACCUUUCAAGGAGCCAUCAAGUCCAACCAAAGGUGAUGGUGAGGAACCUUCCAAAGAGCCGUCAAGUCCCAUUAGGGUUGAGGGUGAGGAGCCUUCCAAAGAGCCAUCACGAGCCACCGAUUUGUCGGAGCCUGUCUUGGAGCAGCAGCCGCCCAAGUGUGAUGCUCCUGCACGUGGCAUUUCGGAAGAGGUUGACGCGAAGGAGGUUAUGGCAAGGACAAAGCAUAUUAGCCCACCUACACAGACCAAACUAACACGGGGGAGGCAGAACGUUAAAGGGAAUGAAGGUGAAGGGGAUGAGGAAGAGCCAGGUUCAGGGGAAGAGGAGGAAGAGGAGGAAGAAGAAGAGCCAAAGGAAAGGAAGAGGACUGGUAGGAAGGAAGCAGCGGGAAAAGGGCAGGAUGAGGGAAAGGCUGGACAGGCGAGGAAACCUCGGGGAAAGGCAGCAGCAAAGCCAAAGGCAAAGGGAAAGGAGAGGAAUUCUCGGAAGGUCAAGGAUGGGCGAAAGGAUGAGAGGGCGGAAGAGGUAAAGGAGACGGAAGCAAUGGGAAAGCGCCAAAGGAAGAAGGAUAAGGAGCAGCUACAGGCAGAGGCGGAACAACCAGUGGAGAAGCCGAAGGAUAAGGCCAAAGGAAGGAAGGAUAAGGAGCAGCCACAGGAAGAGUUGGGCACGGGUGGCAAAAGUUUGGAGGGGGAGGAGGAGAAGGAUGAAAAAGGACAGGGCAACCAGAGAAAGGCAGAUGCAGGAGAGGAGGCGAACGGCAGGCCCGAGGCAAAGGCAAAGGCACAAGGUCGAAAAAAGAAGGUUUAUGAGACACGAGAAGAAGCAGAAAGGGCCGCUAAGCGUAGCCGCCAGAGUUCUGCGUACAGUGUGGAAUACAGGAAGGCUUUGCCAAUCCAUGGGGAGGAGGAAGCAAGAAAGAGGGCGCGCAAGGCAUACGCCUGGACGAAAUGA